AUGUCUGCUUCAUCGAGGAAUCGCACAGUGAUGAGCUCUGGAAAGUCAUCUACUGCCAGAGGCGAACGAAUUCAAGACGUCACCACGAUGCCACCAGUAAAAGACUUGAAGUUUUUCGACCCAUGCGCCGCUACGGCCUCCAUGUUUCUCUAUGCGCAAGGCGCCUCUGUUGUAUGCUCCCACCAUGACACUCUGACCAUUGAGCGAAGGUUUUCAAGACAUUCACAUCCGAUUCAAUUACUUGCUGUCGAUAACCAGAGUGAAACUGGUGGCGGCCGUCUUGUUGUUAGUUACGAUGCCAACCAACUAGCAAUUGUCUGGGAUUUAAUGACUGGCGAUGAGGUCGCCCGAUUUACAUCCUAUGAGACGUUAACUACUGCUGCAUGGAUGCGCAAUGGGAAUGUAGCUUUUGGAAACACGCAAGGAAGCAUCAUCCUUUUUGAGCCCACCACCUCAGAACAUAUUUCUUCAAGAACAAUUGAUCAAAUUGCGGUUACGGCGCUAGCCCCUUCCGCUGACUGCAGAACAUUCGCGAUUGGGUAUCAAAAUGGAUCUCUGCUAAUAGCAAAUUUGCAACCGAGAUUUACCAUAAUGCACAGCUUUUCAACAUCGAGAGCGCCGUCGCCCAUAGUAACACUUGCAUGGCAUGCUUCCUCAUCACGUCAAAAAUCGGACAUGUUGGCUGUGCAAACACAUGACGGUGACCUUCGGGUUUGGAGUGUGGCAAAAAAUUACACCUCUGAGGAAGACGUCAAAGUGGUGAGAAUACUUCGACGCCGAGACAGCUCCGUGCCUGGACCCAACUGGAUGGGUUGGUCAAAGAACGGCCGUAUCAUCCAGUUCUCAGACUCGGAAACCCUAUCGUGGGAUGUACGAACGAAACAUGUUACCUUUGAUUCCAUUCCCACUUUGGAGCAUGUGAAAGGUUUAGCGGUUUAUGGCCCAGGUGCGACGCUUUUCACAGUAGGACCAAAUGGGACGGUUCAGCAGUUUGAUCUUAAUUCGCCUUCCAUCAUGGUUGCAAACGUCCAACACCCCAUAACACUCUUACCACCGUCGCCUCCCAACUCAAUUGAAGAACCUGGUAAUAAGUCGGCACAUUCAGUCACUACUAUCCAUACGUCUGAAUCAGAAUCCAGCUCUGUGCCGUUUGAGGUAGGCGUUUCUGAAAGCGACGAGGACCAGAUGUCACCGUUUGCUCGUUUCUCUCGCCGACCUCAUCUUGACUCUUCUGGAGGUGAGAUGUCUUAUGAUUCUGGAAGCCCGGUAUCCAGUCGCAGCGGGGUGUCGUCUCUUUCCAAGUCGUCUGCUGGUUCACGGACACCAGGCCAUCACCCAGGAUCUUUGAGGUCUAGAGGAAUGACAGAGAACACUUAUAUCUCUGCUGGUUCAUCCCUCAGAUCAUCAACUGUUGGUCGAAAGGAACAGGAUAAUUACUCUAUGGGCUAUUCGCUACCUUCAACAAGCGGGCCAUCCAUGACAUCGUCAAGGUCCAGACACAGACCGUCUCGACUAAGACACGAGGUGCCCCGAAGUCCUGACGACAACAAGGUGCAUGACUUGUUUAAAUUCACACGUACCCGCUUAAGCGACAUUCCUUACAAGCAUCCUAUGCGAUCUGACAACUCUCGCCUGACAAACGAUGAUUUGAGAAAGCAAAUGCUGAGUACGAUCUUUGGAUGGCAUAAACCGGUGGAAGACUUGAUUAGGGAUGAAAUGAGCAGGCACCCAGCCGGCUCCGCGGGCCGUAUUCUUCUAGCAAAGUGGCUUGGCGAUAUAGAUGCCGAUAUUAUGGUAGGCUCGUCUGAGAACAUGAGCUCGUCAGACUGGAUGCUACUUGCUCUGAGCGGUAUCGGUGGUCAGCAGUCGCAGCACAAACUUGGGCGGGCUUAUGUUCAGCGUUUGCUGGAAAGCGGUGAUGUGCACGUGGCUGUUACUAUUAUGCUCGGCAUGGGCGAUGACAACGACGCCAUCGAGGUUUAUGUGUCUCACAAGCGCUACAUGGAGGCUCUGAUCCUUACCUGUCUUACAUACCCGGGUGUUUGGGAACGUCAGGCUGCCAUAAUUCGCAAAUGGGGUGAAUGGGCUGUGCAACAUGGCCAGCAGCAACUGGCUAUACGGUGCUUUGCUUGUACAGACCAGGAAUCUACCGAACCCUGGAGUUCCCCUUCGGCGGUUCAGCUAAACUUCCAGAGCAUCACGGCGAGCAUUCCCGAGAUCCUAAGCCCGCCUCUGUCGCCGCCGGGGAUUCAACGAGGCCCUCAGCGCAGCAUUGCCAAGACGUCUGCACUUAAGCUUAUUACUUCUUUUGGUGACCAGAGCAAAAAGUCGCGAUUCUAUUCCCAGGGAGAUGGAGGACAGACACCAAUCGCGGCUGGGGUUACUCCGAUUGCUGAGUCGGCCAUUUCCCCAGGUGGUUAUGAUGCAGCCACGGCAUUUUUGCGUCCAUCAACCAACAGCCGAUUCAACACACCUACUUCCGCCCGACCUAGCGGUUCGAGUUAUGGACGCGGCAGACUUCCGUCGAUUGGAGAAGUUCCACUGGACUUGAACCGUGAGACGCUCCAAGCGGCGGAGAAAGCUAACCAAAAGGAAGUCCGGCAGGGGCAUCUGCGCAUGUCAUCAGCGGAACAAGAUACUUUGGCGGCAGGUAUUUCACUGCAGCGAGCUGCAACAGCCAGUCCAAUGAUGAUGAGAGAUGGCUACCAGAGGGUCGUAAAGGGCUACGAAGGCGAGCGGCCUCCGUCACCCAACCAAGAUAUCCUGAGCAGAAUGCAGGAGGCUCGUUCGAACCAUAGAAACGGCUCGCGUGACCGCAUUCCUCGAGGUAUCAACCUCCAACUCAAGCCUCUGGAACAGCAGGCUAUGGGAGAAGUGACGUCUCCAGAACAGUCCGUUGCCUCUUCUACUCGCUUCCAUUGGCCCUCAAGACGUCGUGGUCCGGGAUCAGUCGCAAGCUCCAUAACGUCUACAUCAAGCGCGGGAAGGAGCCUACGGGCAAACCAGAGACAUCGAGACGACUACAUUCAUAGCCUGGAAGCUGCCAAUCACUACUCCAAGAGGAAUCGUAGCCGUGGUGGAAGCACAGAGCGAGCUCGCGAUUCAUCCCGUGGCCGCCACGGCAGCCGGGAAAGACGCACAAAGUCGAGAGAAGCAUCCGAGGAGCGCGGGCGAACCUCCGCACGAGCCUGGACAAAGCCCAAGAGAUCACCAACCUCCCCUAUUCCCAUGUCUCCAGAGGACCUCGCCAACCUGAGUACACCCAAGUACUUUGACGUCGGCGACCCGGCUACAGCUAGGAAGUCAAGCGGUACCAAAGCAAAAACCGGCAGCAGAACCUCCAGUCGCGGCAGUCAACGCCGCAGUCCCGACGGCCGGGCUCGACCAGCUGCGCUGGACAUUCGAGGCAGAACUCAUGGGCAAGAAGACUCUCAUCAACGAUCUCCGUCGUCUCCCGUGCCCCUCUCGGCAACUGCGGCGUUACAUUAUCAAGGCUCCGAAGAUGAAGAGGAUUUCAAAAAAGCCAUGCAAGAGCAGGAAAGCUUUAGAGCGAAGCACAGCCGAAGCGCAAGCCGCGGCCUCAACUCUCCCAUUGUUACUAAACGGGAAAGAUCUGAGAGCCGUCGCAGAGAAGCCGCGGAGGCACUUGACACCCUUCCACCUCUUGUUGCCCAUGCUCGUGCCGCGUCCACUGAGCACGCAGGAGACUUAAGACAGAUGAAAGAUGAGCGUCAGAGGAAGAAGGAACAAGCAGCCCGUGAGCUUGAAGAACGUCGAAAGUCACUUGCGAAAAGGCCACAGGCACCUCAGAUCCCUCACCCAAACGAGAUCAACAACUCCAACCUACGAAUUGGUGUUGAAAUGGCUGACCCAAAAGACCUCGACGACUUGCCCCCUCGUUGUGCGACAGAGCCGCCAAAAAGCAUGUAUGCGAGAAGUGGCCCUCACAUUGGCCUCCCAGCAACUCCGAAGGCCAUGAGAUUAAUUCUUGAAGCCGAGAGUAGUAGCAAGAUGAACAUUGGUGCUCCAGAAGUGCCGCAAAUACCGCCAAAGUACAGUCAAACUGAAUCGGCCGGGCCAUCACCACAAAAGGAAGAAAGUGUGCAGCCAUUGACGUUGCUUCCAUCCACGGUGUAUCAACCACCACAGAAACUAGCCAUACCUCGAAGCAUGUCAGCCCCUAUUCCCGACGAGCCCAGCCCAAACCGAUAUUCAAGAAAGGCCAGCGCUGGUGAAAUCCGAGGUAUCGACGAGGUAGUGCAAGGUGGACGACGCCGUUCACAGGAAGAACCAGCACCGCCGCCUCCUCCUCCAGCUCCUUCGGCACCACCAAUGCUGAAAGAGCUACAGCACUUGGCCAUUCCACCGCCUCCUCCUCCUGCUCCUCUGCCACAUGCACAGAGAUCACACAAAGGCGGAGCCCUCGCUUCAGGGAUGAUUGAGAUUGUGAUGGAUGAGGAUGACAAUGCCCCCAUUGCUGCAGCCCCUAACGAUGGCAUGGUGCCCGUUCUUGCGCCACCAGCACCUCCCUCCAGGGGCCACAACCGCGGACGAAGUGUAGGGGAUGGAAGCUUUACUGGACGGCUGUCGCGGACCGGAGAGCGCGUCAGGUCGGCGAGCCGCAGUCGCAAAGACUCCAGAGCGAGCAUCAAGUCGCCACCGCUGGAGAUUCCGGCGGAUGGAGCCUACAGAGCGAGCAUGCUUCGAUCACCCGUUGCGGGAGUGCCUCCGCCAAUGAUGUAUGAUCCUGACGUGAUUCGGUCUCCGAUUGAGUCGAGUGGAAAACACAUGUCGACCGGGUUGCACGAAAGCGAAAUGUUUUAA